UCAAUUUGUUCGGACGAAGUUUGUGAAAAUGAAGCAGUUUACUUUUCUGUGCGUUAUUUUGUUACUAUACAGUUUGGAGAGUGUAACAGCUAGCUCGAUUUCUUACAAUGAACAACUUUUGAUGACGGUAACGAACAAGUUGCUAGAGAUAUACGACGAACAAUUAGACGAAAGAGUGCAAUGGAAUGAUCUCAACGAAGCUGUUGAAAGCAUUCAAGAACUAUUCAAGGGUUAUCAAGGCAAGGCCAAAGAUAAUAUGAAAGAAUUACUGGAUGAAAACAAGCAAUCUCACGAUGAAUAUUUGCUUGCUGUGCAUCCGUUAUUCCAAUGGUGCGUAGAGGCUAAACACUAUUUUCCGUAUACUGUUAUAGUAAUUCAGAGACCAAACUUAUCGGACAGUGUUCGAUCGAGCAUAAGAGACAGGACCAAAUACGAACUUCUCAGAGGUGUUAAUUGUUCGCAAGACUCCAUAAGUCACAUAAAACGAGCUAUACAACAUAUGUCGAAAUUAGGGUUAUUACUUAAUGUAACAGAAAUCCAAUUCAAUGAAGAUUUUCGAUCGAACGGUUUUUAUGACAUUGAACGCAGUAAACUGGUCAACAAAAUAAGCAGCCUCAAAGCGAAAUCAAGUUGGAUUGCUGCUCUAGGUUCUGCGGUUGGUCAAGCAUUGGGCUUUGUCACAGAUCCAAUACCAACGCUAGAGCAAAAACUAAUAAUAAUUGACGAGUUUUACAUAAAGCUGCGAGAUGCUUUGGCUCGUGCUAAGCAAGAAUGCCGUAAGGUCGAUGAGGCUUUGAAAACGGAGCUGAAAGAAAUCAUUGAACUAGCUAAUGACAUUCAAACACCCCAACCCGAUGAUAUGAUGAUUCCGGAAUUCAGUAGUUUGUUUGUCUACACGUUGACUAAGCUUUCAUGUAAGAGUUACGUCACGUACGGGAAGCCGUUGCCAAGAAGCUAUCAAUUACACCAACCAACUAUGACUUGAAACCAGGCAUGGUUUGAAUGAAAAUUUCAGAAAUGUAAAAUUUGUUUCCAAACAUGCACAAAAAACUGUUGAAAAAAACAAAAAAAUUUUCAACAUCUAUACGAGCUAAUCUACAAUCGGAAGCUUCGCGAAACUGUUGCAAAUUGUCUCGUCAAUUUAUUUGAUACGCAAACAUUUUUUCUUAUAUGUAUGAACUUUUUAAGCCAAAUAAAGAGAUUUCACUUUCCGACCCUAUAAAGUA